AUGUCAGGCACAAUCGCUGGCGCCUCGCCGCAAGCAACGACGUCGCCGACCCGACGACAUCAGAUCAAACGGUCCCUCUCCGAGUUCACGUCUCCGGGCAAGUCGAGUCGGGCCCGCAAAGAACGCCUCGGUAACGGCAACCACGAGGAGGGAAAUAGCGCUGCUGGCAGCAACGGCAACAGGCAUCUUCGCCAGCCAGCCUUUGCCCCGGGCGGCGAUGCUCGCAUGUCUCUCGACAUGCCGCGCAGCAACAACCUGUCACCCGCCAUGAGCCCUGAUCAGAGUAGGCGAGGAAGUGCGUUGCUCCCGCAGGUCGUGCCACCAUUUGCCAGGGAGAGCAAGGACAAGGAGGAGGGCCAGAGAGCGAGCUCAACGGAGAGCAGCAACGUCCAGCGGGGGCAGCACCAGGCAAGAGUUGCUGGCAGUACUGAGACUUUAACGCAAACCCUCGUCGAGCUCAAUGACUUUUCGGCUAAUGCCUCCCAACAACUCGACGACGCCUACUACGCUGUGCUAGAAAAGAUGAGCGCCUUGCACUCUACGAUUACGUCGCUGAAGGGGCUUGCGGAGACGUCGCGCAGAAUAUACGAUACCUUUGAAAAGGACUCGCGUGGGCUGGAGAACCAAAUUGCCACGCAGUUAGGGGCCAUGGGCCAUUUUCAAAACCAUCAGAGCAAGGUCACCUCGCUGCAGAAGCGCAUCAACAAGGGCCGCAGCAGGGUCCAGGCGCUGAGUGAGCGGGUGGACACGGUGCGGCAGCGGAUCGAGAAGUGGGAGAGCGCAGACCGGCAAUGGCAGGAGAGGACGCGACGCAGGCUCAAGAUUGUCUGGUCCGUCAUGUCGGUCGCGGUGCUGGUCCUCAUUGCACUCAUGUGGACGGUAAGCCGCACCUCGCACGAUGCGCGGGCGGCGGGUGACGGACCGACGGACGACCUGGGUCGUGCCAUCGCGAUCCUCGAGCCGCUUAAUGUUUCCGACUCGAGGCAGCCGCCGGGGUCGGACGGCACGGAGGCGCAGACGAGAAUUCUGUGGAAGACGCCUGCGCGGGGAGCAGACGGCCUGCGUGCCUUUGAUGAGCUCUGA